AUGGACAUGGUAUUCUCAAGCCUUGAUGAUUGUUAUUCAAUGUAUGUUAAGUAUGCCAAGGAGUGUGGGUUUUCAGUCAGGAAAGGGACUACAAAGACAAACUCUAAAGGUGUCUUACAUAUUAAGUAUUACUUGUGUACGAGAUCUGGGUUAUACAAGGAUAAGAAGGCUGGAUCAUGGAAGGUGUAUAAGUUUGUCAAGGAGCACAAUCAUGACCUUGUUGAACGUCCCGAUAAGCAUUUUCUUCCAACUGAACGACACCUCACUCAGCUCCAGAAGCAUGUUAUACACAGCAUGUCUAAGCUGAAUUUGGGUCCCGUCAAGGCAUUUAAUGUUAUGAAGACUUGUUUUGGCGGUUUUGAAGGCGUGGGUGCAAGUAAAGUUGAAUUUAAGAACUAUAAGAGAUACUCUAUGGUGUUUGUACCGUUCAGUGGUAUAGACAAUCAUCACUGCAAUGUUACAUUUGGUGCAUCAUUAUUGGCGUCGGAAACUGCUGACACGUAUAUUUGGUUGUUAAGAGUUUUUCUAAAAGCUGUUGGUUCUCAACCAAAAGUUGUUGUCACUAACCAAGAUCCAGCGAUGAAGAAGGCUAUUUCUGUUGUAUUUGUUGACACGAGGCAUCGGUUAUGCAUGUGGCAUGUGAUGCAUAAACUUUCUCUGAAGGUUGUUAUGCUUUUUUUUUUACCUUUGGCGUUUUAG